AUGGACAAAAUCGGUGCCGAACAAAUCGAGUACCAGGACCCCUCCAAGAAGGCCCUGGACACGGACCAGGAUGUCCUCUAUCAGGCAUAUGCUUCGAAAAGCCCAGAAUGGCACCAGAAGAUGACUCGAACCCUUCUACGCAAAGUGGACUAUCACUUGCUACCAUUUCUCGUUUUGAUGUACUUGCUCAACUUCCUCGAUCGCAAUAACCUAUCUCAGGCACGUCUGGGGACGCUUGAGAAAGAUUUAGGCAUGAAAGGCACCGAUUUCAAUCUGGCCACUAGCAUCUUGUUCGUCGGAUACUUGCUCAUGCAAUUGCCCUCCAAUCUUCUGCUCACUCGCAUUCGUCCCUCGCGAUUCCUCGGUCUUGCAAUGGCAAUUUGGGGUGUUAUUUCAGCCUGCCAAGCAGCUACCCAAUCAUUCGUCGGACUCGUGGUUUCUCGCUUCUUUCUUGGAUUCGUCGAGGCGCCAUUCUUUCCUGGUGCCAUUAUGCUGAUGUCGAGUUGGUACACUCGGCAGGAACUGAGUCACCGCAUUGCCUGGUUCUACUCUGGAAGCUCUUUGGCCAACGCCUUUGGUGGGUUGAUCGGUGCAGGUGUUCUGGGCAACCUGAAUGGAGCGCAUGGUAUUGCGGGAUGGCGGUGGCUAUUCAUUAUUGAAGGUUGCAUCACAGUUGGAGUCUCCGUCUUAGCAGCGAUCUUCCUUCCUAAUUAUCCUGCCACAACAUCUUGGUUAGAUGACCAAGAACGGGCCUAUGCUCAGUGGCGUCUCAUUCACGAUGCAGGUGAAGCCGACGAUGCUAAAUCGAGCAGCAUCAAGGAAGCUUUGGCUCUGGUCUUCGCCGAUAAGCGCAUCUACCUCUUCAUUCUGCUUCAGCACACCUCGCUCCUGUCUCAGAACUUCCAAUACUUCUUCCCAACUAUUGUCAAGACUCUGGGCUACGGCAACAUCGAGACUCUGCUGAUUACCGCGCCUGUAUGGAUCGCGACUUUCUUAGUCUCACUGAUUGUGACCUAUACAUCUGGAAAGACGAACGAUCGCAGUCUGCACAUCAUCUGUCUGAUGCUUGUCAGCGUCGUAGGUGGUAUUAUUUGUACUGCAACCACCCACACCGGUGCUAAAUUCUUUGCCAUGUUCCUUAUGCCGAUGGGUGCUGUAUCUGCAUACCAAAUCAUCAUCGCCUGGGUUGCAAACUCCUUCCCUCGACCCUUGGUCAAACGCUCUGCAGCAAUUGCUCUUGCCAACAUGCUUGGCAAUACGGCUUCUAUCUACGGCAGUUAUAUGUGGCCAUCUUCGUCCGGCCCUCGAUACAUUCCUGGCGGCAGCGCAACUGCGGCAAUUGCACUGUUAGUUGCCUUGAUCGCCCUAGUGAUCCGCCUUGUCCACAUGAACAUGAAUCGGCGACUUGAGGCUGCCGAAACGAGCGAGGAUGUUCCUCCUGGUGACAACCUUGAGAGCCGCGCGGUCGGGUUCCGCUACAUUCUGUGA